AUGAAUGGCGCGCACCGAUCAGUCACCUUCACGGCCGCCCUAUUGAUGCGGCUCUGCGACAAGCCUGCGAGCGAGGUCAUGAAUUGCAUCUCCAGCUGCCACAACAUCGUGGACCAAAAACUCCUGGCCACCGAAACACCACGGGCGGGUGUGCAGCAUGCCGAGCGAACCACCGAGACCGUCGUGGAGAUGAACAAUGGCUGCAUCUGCUGCACCCUCCGCGGGGACUUCAUCCAAGGCAUGCAGAAGGUGCUGAAGGAAGUCCAGGCCCGCGGUAGCCAUCUCGAUGGCGUGCUCAUCGAAACGACCGGCCUGGCUGACCCGUCGCCGAUCGCCUCCACCUUCUUUCUGGACAAAUUCAUGCAG